GUCUCCGCCAUGGACCUGUUCGGGGACCUGCCUGAGCCCGAGCGCGGGCCAUGCCCGCCUGCGGGGAAGGACACUCAGAAAGGAUCCCUGCUCUUUGAUGACCUCCCCCCUGCCAGCAGUACUGACUCAGGUACAGUCUUCAGGCUCUCCCAGGUGUGUGUCAACGUCUCUACCCCUCCUGGGAUUGGAGUUGUCUCAAUCUCUCUCCCUUUCCCCCAUUUUCAACAUGCAGAUGUUUUAGGUGUUGUUGGCUGUCUUAAGUUUUGAAUCCAUGGCCUCAGGUAAGGCAGAAAGACCUGCUAGUGGCUAGCCUGAGGAGUGCUGCAUAGCACAGCCAGCAGUUUCCUCUCGUUCCUUUCAGUAUCGUACUAGCCAAAAUAAAUUCUACUUUUAAGACAGAACUUUGGUUUCUUUUGCAAUCAUAGGACUUUAAAAUAGGUUCCAUAUAUUACUCACUUGCAGUAUGAGUUGCCACUGGAUUGACAGGAGUCUGAGUUUGUCUCGAUAACCUGUUAUGUAGGUGUCCUGGUGGGAUGAAUGAACUGAGGCCUGGUUGUUCUUUGUGGGCUCACUCAGUGUUCUUCUGUGUUUCAGGAUCUGGGGGGCCUUUACUCUUCGAUGACCUUCCACCUGCUGGCAGUGGUGAUCCAGGUUCUCUUGCCACGUCGAUCUCCCAGGUGGUGAAGCAUGAAGGGAAAGCAGCAAAGAGGAAAGUCCUCGAGGAGGAGGAGAACGGCAGUGAAGAGCUUGUGGAAAAGAAACCUCUUCGGUGAUCUUUGGUCUGAAAGGCUAUGUAGCGGAGCGGAAGGGUGAGAGAGAGGAGAUGCAGGAUGCCCACGUCAUCCUGAAUGACAUCACUGAGGAGUGUAGGCCCCCGUCAUCCCUCAUUGCUCGUGUUUCAUAUUUUGCUGUUUUUGAUGGACAUGGAGGAAUCCGAGCCUCAAAAUUUGCUGCACAGAAUUUGCACCAGAACUUAAUCAGGAAAUUCCCUAAAGGAGAUGUGAUUAGUGUGGAGAAAACUGUGAAGAGAUGCCUCUUGGAUACGUUCAAGCACACCGAUGAAGAGUUCCUGAAACAGGCUUCAAGCCAGAAGCCUGCCUGGAAAGAUGGGUCCACUGCCACAUGUGUUCUAGCUGUGGACAACAUCCUGUACAUCGCCAACCUCGGAGACAGUCGGGCAAUCCUGUGUCGAUUUAAUGAGGAGAGUCAAAAACAUGCUGCCUUGAGCCUCAGCAAAGAGCAUAACCCAACGCAAUAUGAAGAACGCAUGCGAAUACAGAAGGCUGGAGGAAACGUCAGAGAUGGACGUGUCUUGGGCGUGCUGGAGGUGUCUCGUUCCAUUGGAGAUGGGCAGUACAAACGUUGUGGGGUCACGUCUGUGCCUGAUAUCAGACGCUGCCAGCUGACCCCCAAUGACAGGUUCAUUUUGCUGGCUUGUGAUGGGCUCUUCAAGGUCUUUACCCCAGAUGAAGCUGUGAACUUCAUCUUAUCCUGCCUGGAGGAUGAAAAGAUCCAGACCCGAGAAGGGAAACCUGCUGUUGAUGCCCGCUAUGAAGCUGCAUGCAACAGGCUAGCCAACAAGGCGGUGCAGCGGGGUUCAGCAGACAACGUCACGGUGAUGGUGGUGCGGAUAGGACACUGAGGGCUGGCACGGACGGUCUUAACCGACAGGUUCAUUUUGUGUGUGCACUGUUUGUGUACUCCUGUGGGACUUCCAUGGUUGUAAAUAAAGGUUCCUUUUUUCCUA